GUGCGAGGUACACAGGAAGCGUGGAUGCUUCUGCUUUUUUCUGUGGUUUCCUCCUGCUGUCACAACUGCUUCUCUCUCAUUUCUGUAACACACACCAGUGUGCUCGGACAGGUGCCUUCAUCUAAAUUUGCCAACAUCUGUAUAUUCUUCUGGAAGAAACUUCUGCAGGCUUGAUCAGAGGGGGUGGACAUAAAGGAAGAUGCUCCAACAUCUGAAGCACUCACAUGAUAGGCAGACAACUGGAGAAAAGGCCUGCUACGCUGGUAAUCAACACACUCAGCCACACUAAGAGGCUGAAGAGCUGAACUUUCAAAGGGACCUCUAUUGUCUUUAUUGUGAAAGUAUAAACAGAGGCUCUUCCUUUUUUGACUAAGUAAAGGUUCUUUUUACCCUCCAUUUUGAAAUCUGAGGAAUUUUCUGAUUGUGAGUUUGACCAAUUUCUCAUCCUUAUUGAGAGCUUCUUCACAAUCAAGUGCACCGUCCUGCACACAGUUUUCAGUUUGAAAGGUAUCUCUCUGACAGCAUGUCCUAAAAGACUCCAUGUGCUUCCACCUAUACUGGAUCUGAGUAACAGUGGAUUGUUACCUGUGGAUUGCAGAGAGGUUUGUCUGGGUUUCUCCAGAGUUUGGUCUUUUGGAAUUGCCAGUGGUUGAUCCAGAAAGAGUUCAGUAUCCUGGAAUUCCUAAGGAAAGUUGUGAUGGGUAACGCAGCCGGCGGGUUGGAGCAGGUGGAUGGGACUGAGGCCAAAGGCUCAACAGGAGGCUCAAACGCUGCUCCCACCACAUCCAAAAAGAAAUGUGCCCCUACUAAACUACCCAUGCCUCCUGAAGAAGAGCUAGAAGAACGCUUCAGUGUGGUUUUGAGCUCCAUGAAUCUGCCUCCUGACAAGACGAAGCUUCUGAGUCAGUAUGACAAUGAGAAGAAAUGGGAGCUGGUCUGCGAUCAGGAGCGAUUUCAGGUGAAAAACCCUCCCUCCGCUUACCUGACUAAAAUCAAGAGCUACUACCAGGACCAGGGUGGAGUGGCGCGCAGGUUCAAGAAACGUGUGCAGGAGUCAACUCAAGUCCUGAGAGAGCUGGAGAUCUCGCUGAGAACCAAUCACAUUGGGUGGGCUCAGGAGUUUCUGAACGAGGAAAACCAAGGCUUGGAUGUCCUGGUGGACUACUUGUCUUAUGCACAAAGUGAUGCGCCGUUUGAGGUGGAAUCUGUGGAAAACGGCGGAUCUGUAUCAGACAACAGAAGGUUGUCAGAGAGAUCAGUGGAGGAUCUAGCCAAAAAUGUGAACCAUUCUUCCACACAUGGCGUGGGCAGAGCGGCCCGUGCACUCACUGUCCGAAUAAGUAACUUGACCCAUAGCAGAAAAACUAUGCGAAACGCCCGAUUGGCCACCCAAAGAGAUGACGUUCACCUCUGCAUUAUGUGUCUGCGUGCUAUCAUGAAUUAUCAGUCUGGGUUCAAUUUAGUCAUGACUCACCCCAGAUGUGUCAAUGAAAUUACUCUCAGCCUCAACAACAAAAACCCCAGGACUAAGGCUCUUGUGCUGGAGCUGUUGGCUGCAGUGUGUCUGGUUCGAGGAGGACAUGACAUUAUCAUCUCAGCCUUUGAUAACUUUAAAGAAGUGAGUGGAGAGAAGAACCGCUUUGAGAAGCUAAUGGAGUACUUCAUGUAUGACGACAGCAAUAUAGACUUCAUGGUGGCUUGCAUGCAGUUCAUAAACAUUGUGGUCCACUCAGUGGAGAACAUGAACUUCCGUGUGCACCUUCAGUAUGAGUUUACCCAGCUGGGUCUCGACCAGUACUUAGAGUCCUUAAAGGAGAUGGAAAGUGAGAAGUUGCAAGUACAGAUCCAGGCGUACUUGGAUAAUGUGUUUGAUGUUGGAGCUCUGCUGGAGGAUGCAGAAAAUAAAGGGGAAAUAAUGGAGCAUUUAACAGAACUGCAGGAGACCAAUGCACAGCUGAAUGCCAGAUUGCAGGAAUAUGAGAAUGGAGCAAUGGAAAAAAUGGCAGAACUAGAGCAACAACUAAUGCAGGCCACUAAAGAGUCAGCACUGCUUAAGGAGAGUUUGCGAGAGUCCUGUGCCCAAGUAAGCACCUUGCAGCAGCGAGAACGAGAAAGAGAGAUUCAGAGAGAGAGAGAACGAGAGCAGGAGCGUCUGUCACAGCCCUCACAGGUAGAGAGAGAAAGAAUCAGAAAGGCGAGUGAAAAGGAGUCCGUACUGGAGGAGAAGCUGAGGGGACUGGAGGAGAAGGGCCUAGUACGACUGGAGCGCACAGCCUCUGGAAGCUUGGACAUCGAAGUGAUUCCAGUCACCAUAGAGAAAAUUGUCCCUCAAACAGUGACUGUGUCAGAUCCAGCUUCUCAAAUGCCGUCCCCUCCAGCCGCAGCACCCCCUCCACCUCCACCACCUCCUCCUCCACCUGGAGCUGCGGCGCCCCCUCCUCCUCCUCCUCCACCUCCUCCUCCUGGAUGUGAAGGUAUUCCACCUCCCCCUCCUCCUCCUCCUCCUGGUGGAGGUCCUCCACCACCCCCACCUCCACCUGGCUUUGGACCACCACCCCCUCCAGGAGCUCCUCCUGCCCCUGGGGCUGAAACAGGGGAAGGACCAAAGGAACGUAAACCAGUUCAACCAAAGUUUAGGAUGCCUCUGUUGAACUGGCAGGCCUUGAAGCCCAAUCAAGUGACAGGAACGGUGUUUAGCGAGCUGAAUGAUGAGCAACUGUUAGGGGAGCUGAAUAUGGAUGUAUUUGCAGAAGUGUUUAGAACCAAGGCUCAAGGUCCUCCAACAGAUAUCUCUAAGCUCAAGGUUAAGGUGGCUGAGAAGGCACCUAGUAAGGUGUCCCUGUUGGAGGCAAACAAAGCCAAAAACCUUGCUAUCACCCUCCGCAAGGGAGGCAUGAGCCCCAAUGACAUCUGCAUAGCCAUUGAGAGAUAUGAUCAGCAGUCUCUGAGUCUGGACUUUCUGGAGCUUCUGGAACGUUUUAUCCCAUCGGAGUAUGAGAUGAAGCUACUGCAGAACUACGAGAAGGAAGGGCGGUCACUAGAGGACCUGAGCGACGAGGACCGAUUCAUAAGCCGCUUUGGUAAAAUCCCACGCCUUGCUCAGCGGAUCAACACCCUUACUUUCAUGGGCAACUUCCCAGAGAGCAUGAAACGUCUGCAGCCGCAACUAGAUGCAAUCAUUGCAGCUUCCGUGUCCCUCAAGUCUUCAUCAAAGCUGAAGAAGAUGUUAGAGAUCAUCUUGGCUUUUGGGAACUACAUGAACAGCAGUAAAAGAGGAGCAGCGUAUGGGUUCCGUCUGCAGAGCCUUGAUCUGCUGUUGGACACUAAGUCCACAGACCGCACACAGACUUUGAUGCACUUCAUUGCGAAUAUGGUGCAGGAGAAAUACCCUGAGCUUGCCUCCUUCCACACUGAACUCCGCUUUGUAGACAAGGCUGCUGUGGGUAAGACGUACCAUAGUUACUGUACAAACAUAUAUAUAGGAUACAUAGUCUCUUCUCUUUCUCACUGCUUUGUUAUCUCAGUGUCUUUGGACAGUGUGCUCCAGGAUGUGAGAUCUCUGGAGAGAGGGAUGGAAGGGACCAAGAAGGAGUUCCUGGUGCAGGACGACAUCCCGGCGCUGAAAGAGUUUGUAAAGGCUAACAGUGAUAUGUUAGACUUGCUUGUGAAAGAUGGCAAGACAGCACAGGAGGCAUACACGUCUGUAGUGGAGUACUACGGAGAGAAUCCGAAGACGACACAGCCUUCCAUGUUCUUCCCACUCUUCGUCAGGUUUAUAAAAGCUUAUAAGCAAGCAGAACAAGACAAUGAACUGAAGAAGAAACAAGAGCUUGCAGCAGAAGAACAGGCGACUCCUUCCCCAAAGAAGAAAGAUAGCACUCCACAAAAGGGUCCCAUGAUGCCCAAAAUGCCUCAGAUGGACCUGAUUGCAGAGCUGAAGAAAAGGCAGGUGAAGCCCCAAGUCACAGACGGGGCAAUCGAGGGCAUUAUAACAGAUUUGAGAAAUUCACCCUACAGAAGAGCUGAUGGUCGGAGAGCAAAUCCACGACAAGAAAACUGAGGGUUACCUGCAGAGCUUUCUCUUCUUCCCACCAGACACUUCUGUACUUAACACCUGGUCUUAUUCUUUAUAUAAUAAAACAUUUUUCAUCUGUACAGCGAUACAGAAAAUGACUGCCAAACAUACACAGCAACAGAUGCUGCACACAAACAAAGAGUCACACUAACAGACACCCAUCAUCACACACACUUGCAUAUAUGCUUGGAUACACGUAACCUUUUGAGAAUGUUUCAAAUAAUUGUACAUAAGGCAAAAAAAUAAUUUUUUGUACCAUUACAAAUGCUCCUGAAUAUGUAAACAAUUCCUUAAGCUUCAAUUUUCACGUUUUGCUGUUAAUAUCGUUAAUGAAAUUGUAAAAAGUGCUCCGAGAUGAAGGUACUUUUAAUACAGCCUGGUGAUAAGAAUUCUUCGAUAUUUGAUUAAAACAUUGAAAACAUUGUACAGUAAGACACAUUUCAUUUAUUAUGAGAAACCAAAAAAAUGUAAGACUCUGUAGAAAUAUUGUCAUAGAAGAGAGCUGUACUUUAUUAGACACACAACCACAGCAAGUAUGUACAAAAGGUCUCAGCUCUCAACGAUUUCUCACAGGAAAAAAAUAAAAUAAAUAAAUAAAUAGUCACAUUUCUCACAAAGUUAUCAUGGCAUCCACACUGACAAAUUAAUUUCUUUUUCUUCUGUAUCUAUAGGUGUUUAUAUAUCCUAUUUGUAUAUAGAGUGAUUCUCUGUUGGUAUAUUUCUCUACUCUAGAGAUGGGAGGGUCACAGCGUGGGCUUAGGGCUCGCACCAUUACUAGUGCGCUGAUGGUCAGAGCUGAGUUUAAUCUGCUCAGUUAAACACACUCAGAGCUUGCCACUCAAGUCUGGUUACCACAUCACCACAGGUUACAGUAAGACUGGACAUGCCUGAGCCACAAAUAAAUCAGACUAUUUGGACUCUACAGCUGUGAACCUCAUAUCAGUGCACUUGACCUCACUAUUCUCUCCCUUUACUUUUUUUU